UCAAUAACACAACACUUAUCUUUAAGGAACAAAGCACACCCCAUCUUAUUCCAGCGCUUUCAGGAACAUUCUUCUCUUAUGUAGUACUUUUCAAAACCAGGAGCUUAAUCAACAAACUAACUAAACCCCCUGAAUACCAAACACACACUAACUAUAAAACGGAACUCAACCUUGAGAUUUUUGGCAGCAUCAAUCAAAUAUGGGAAAGACACGCACUGUUGGCGUAGCUGUGGACUUCUCUGCCACCAGCAAAUUAGCCCUUCGUUGGGCCGUUGAUAAUCUCAUCAACAGAGGUGAUCAAAUCAUCUUGAUCAACGUUCAACCUCCCCAAUCUCAUCACACCCGAAAGGAGCUUUUUGAGGACACUGGUUCACCUUUGGUGCCUUUGGAGGAAUUGAGAGAGUUGAACUUCACUAAGCAAUAUGGGAUUGCUAGGGAUCCUGAGGUCAUAGAUAUCCUAGACACUGCCUCCAGGACUAAAGGGGCAAAGGCAGUGGCAAAGGUGUACUGGGGAGAUCCAAGGGAGAAAUUGUGUAAUGCUGUGGAAGAUCUUCACCUCGACUCUUUGGUUGUUGGAAGCAGGGGUUUAGGUCCCAUUAAAAGGGUGUUGUUGGGCAGUGUAAGCAAGCAUGUCAUGACAAAUGCUUCUUGCCCCGUCACGGUGGUUAAAGGAAAGCAGUCUUCCAAUUCCACACAUUAAUUGGGGCUCUGAAUCUAUACGAAUAAAAUCUAGAAGUUUGUUUCAAAGGUGCACGUGUAUGGGGAAAUUAACAAUGCUUGUGAUGAAACCAAAACAUUGUAUUAUACUAUUCAAUAAUUGUGUUUUUGGUCAUCUAUGUAAUAGGUUGUAAUCAUCAUGAUAGGUAUGAAUGUGUUAUAUUGAUAUCCAUUAAAUAAACUUUGUGAUUGGGAUGGAUU